AUGACGCAGUGGGAACCUGCCAUCCUCUCUAGACGGGGGACAGAGAUGGAAGCGUUCACAUUUGCCGUGACCACCCAAGUGGACUUGCCUAUACGUAUUAAGAUCGGCUCGUUGGAGGGAAAGCAGAAGCCUAUCCCAUAUACGUCUCUCGAUGGCAAUGCCGAGCUGCGACAUACCGCAUCUGUUCAAGAUUCCGCGUCCGAUCUGUACGUGACUGCUCAGAUAUGGUCGGAAUCGAAGCCACUGGGCGUACCGAUGAAGACAAGAUACAAGGCCUUCAAGAAUACGCGAGUAUGGAAUGAAUGGCUCGAGAUGCCCAUGUCCAUUAAGGAUGCGGAGCGUAAUGCUCAGAUAGCAAUCACAAUCGUUGAUCUCUCUCCACUCGCCGCCGAUAGGAUUACGCACAUACCAUUUGGCGGAACUACAAUCAGUUUGUUUGACGAAGAUGGGAAAUUGAAGAUGGGAAGACAAAAAUGCAAGGUCCACCUGCACAAGGAUGCAGAUGGAUCUGCUUCCACAUCCACACCAUCUGUCCCCCGACCUAAGCGUCGGAAGCCAAAUACUCGGGAUCCUUCCCAGCAAUCGCCUGAAGAGGCGGAAUUGGAACGGGUAGAAAUCUUGAUCAAGAAACAUGAAAUGGGCGAAAUCCCACGCGUUGAUUGGAUGGAUCAACUACUCUUCCGCGAGUUGGAAAAGUUGAAGUUAAACGCCGAUGAAGCGGCCCAAAAGCGCGCCCUGGAACUCGACACAACUCUGCAAAAACGUUCAAAGCAUACCGAAGCCGAGGAUGAUGAUUCCGACACAGAGGACUUCGAAGAUGAGUACUUCAAUCUUUAUGUCGAGUUUCCGCGUUUCGAUCAUCCUAUUGUGUGGGCCGACCAUGAGUAUCCUCCUCCACCCAUUUCCUCUUGGUCCCAAAAUGCUUCUCAACACCCCAAUGCAACCCUCAAGCCAGUUCCAGAGGUUCAAUUUGGACCGGGAAUUGCGCACGCCGACCCCCAUAAUGUCAUUCGAAUUUAUGAUCCAGAAGUUGGCCAGAUUGGAAACCCUUGUGAAGAUAAGCACAGACGGUUGAUCCGAAGCCACCGAACCGGUAUCAUGGAUCGCGACCUGAAGCCUAAUCCAAAGAUUAGGGAUGAUCUCAAUAUGAUUAUCUCUUACGAACCGACGCAGGACCUUACUGCGGAAGAGAAGGAUCUUGUAUGGCGAUUCAGAUAUCAUCUUACACGCGAGAAGAAAGCCUUGACGAAAUUUGUCAAAUCAGUGAACUGGCGGGACGUCGGGGAGUCACGGCAAGCUGCUGAGAUGUUUCCUAAGUGGACCGAGAUUGAUGUUGACGACGCUCUCGAGAUUCUCGGCCCUACUUUUGACAAUCCUGCUGUCCGUUCGUAUGCCGUGGAAUCACUGCGAAAGGCGGAUGACGAGGAGUUGCUUCUGUAUCUUCUCCAAUUGGUGCAGGCUCUGAAAUAUGAUGCAACCCCUGAUAAUAAUCCCGACGCGGCUCCGCAAGAGUCCUCUCUUGCCCACUUCUUGAUUUCACGUGCUGCCAAUAACUUCAAACUUGGCAACUAUUUGCACUGGUAUCUCAUGGUUGAAUUUGACGAUGCCGAUGCUGUUCAGCGUCGGCUGUUUGCGCGGGUUGAAUACUACUUCAUGCUUGAAUUGGAAAAGUUUCAUCCCGAGCAUAGAAAGGCACUCCUACAUCAAGGCGAAAUGGUCGCUGUGCUCUCUAAGAUUGCCAAGGAUGUCCGCUUCUCUCGAGAGAACAGAGUUAGUAAGAUCGAAAUGCUUAAGAAGUAUCUUCGGGAUCCCGAGAACGAUCUCAUCAACAUUGAUCCGCCGCUGUCAUUGCCCUUGAACCCCGACGUUCAAGUGGUUGGCCUAUACCCCGACGAAUCGAACGUCUUCAAAUCCACGCUCUCCCCUUUGCUUAUCACGUUCAAAACUGCCGAUGACCGCCGUUAUCCAAUGCUGUUCAAGGUUGGCGAUGAUCUUCGGCAGGACCAAUUGGUCAUUCAAAUUAUCAUUCUGAUGGAUCGCCUCCUGCAAAAGGAAAACCUUGAUUUGAAAUUGACUCCUUAUCGAAUUCUUGCAACUAGCGCAACGGCCGGUGCUGUGCAAUUUAUCCCUUCCAUUUCCCUUUCCGCAGCUUCCGCCAAGUACAAAUCCAUCCUCGCAUAUCUACGAACCAACAACCCAGACGAGAAUGAGCCUCUUGGGGUCCGCAAGGAGACAAUGGAUACAUACAUCAAGUCUUGUGCAGGAUACUGUGUCAUCACGUACCUCCUCGGCGUCGGUGACCGGCACCUUGAGAAUUUGCUGCUAGCGCCAGAUGGCCAUUUCUUCCACGCAGAUUUCGGCUUCAUCCUUGGUCGAGACCCGAAGCCCUUCGCGCCCAUGAUGAAGCUUUGCAAGGAGAUGGUCGAGGGCAUGGGUGGCACAACCUCACCCCACUAUCUGCAAUUCAAACAAUACUGCUACACUGCUUACACUACCUUGCGCAAAUCCGCCAAUCUGAUUCUCAACCUCUUCAGUUUGAUGGUGGACGCUAAUAUCCCGGAUAUCCGCGUGGAGCCCGACAAAGCUGUUCUGAAAGUGAAGGAGCGCUUCCAUCUUGAAAUGACUGAGGAAGAAGCCAUUCGUCACUUUGAGCAACUUAUCGCUGACAGUGUUAAUGCAAUCUUCGGCGUUGUGAUUGAUCGCUUGCAUGACUUUGUGCAGGGCUGGCGGGCAUAG